AUGGGAGGAUCGAAAUCUAAGGCUAUUAAAAAGCACGCUAAGGUGGCAUUUUCAGAUUCUGAACUCGAAAUUCUAGAGGUCUAUUUCGAACUAUUGAAAUGCCAUGAUUCUAUGUACAAAUUCGAUGAAAUAUGAUUUAAUUAGAAACGGAUAUCUGACCCAGAAAUCAAUGGUCCCAGAGUUUACUGAAAACCCUGAUUUCUCAAUCAAACUCUUUAACUGGAUGAGAGAACGCUGCAAGAAUUAGUAGAUAGAUUACAUCAAUUUUGUGAUCACAUGUAUGCAAUCAAUCUUAAAGUUUAGUGGAACUCCUCUUAAAAGAAUAAUAAGAAUAUUACUUAAGUGAUUACAAAUUUAGAGUGCUUGAGAAAUUCGAAUUAUUUGCAUUGAUUAGUUUGGGUUGUUUGGAAAAUGAGAAAGAAGCAAUAAACAGGUACUCAAAUUCAUUGUAUUCAGAUUUCAAGUAAGUUACUCAUAAGGAAGCACAGUGAUUAAGGAACUAUUGAAUAUGUAUUAUUUCAACAAGGAAGUUUCCAAUAGCUAAAGAAAUGACUUGGCUGCUAGAAGUGUGGCAAAUUCUAUUUUUGAUUAAAAAGCAUCAUUGCCAUUUAACUAAUUUAUUGGUUUAGCAAAAUAACAAUUAAUUUAUGCUAACAAAAUGUGCAAAUAGUAUUUUACAAAGAAAUUCAUUGACCCUCAUCUUAAAUAUGGUAUUCCAGCAUUGACAUCUUCAAGUUUUAUAUUGAACGAUCAAAUUCUUGCACUAUUAUAAAUGAGUUCACCAGACUUUAAUAGAAUUAAAUAGCUGGAUCUAAAGUUCUCAUCCUCAGUAGGCUAUGAUGAUUUAGAGCAUAUUACAGAGAUUAUAAUAGAGUCCCAAUAACCUUUGCUUUUUAUUUUUAGAAAUAGAGAAGAUGAAACAUAAAAUGAUACGUUUUAAUAAUCGAUCUUUGGCGCUUAUAUUAGCAUUGAUUAGACAAUAGAAACUCAUUUUAUUAGAAAGCAAUAGAAAGAUCCUAUGGGUAUUUAUUAUCUAGAAAUUAGGAAUACUCUAUAAUCCAAACGAUUAGGUCUCUCUGUAUUUUGGAGAUGAGAAAAGCUUCCUCUUUUCUUUAUUGCCUAAAUAUCAAUUAUUCAUGAGUACUUUUGAUAUUAAAUCAAAAUAAUGCUUUGGGUAUAUAAAUAGCAGAGCUUUCAAUUUGAAAGUGCCUCAACCAUAUGGUCUAGGUUUUGGAGGGGAUGGCAAAGGAAAUUUUAGAAUCUGGAUUGAUGAAAACCUUAAAGGAAAUGCAACAAAUCGUAUAAACAAUUAAUGCGAUUAAACUUAUGAAAUGGGUUAUUUGUUGGAGCCACACAUAGAAUUUUUAAAUGUAAAUAUUCAUGUUUAGCUAGUUAACCUCGAUUGAGAUAUGGGGUGCAGUCUUUGAAGAAAAGGAAACUAGACCUUCUAACCAAAAUAAAUUCAGAAGUUGA